AUGAGAGAAAUCGUUCACAUCCAAGCUGGGCAAUGCGGUAACCAAAUUGGAGCAAAGUUCUGGGAGGUCAUGGCUGGCGAGCAUGGCAUUGAUCCCUCUGGAAAAUACGAAGGAGACAACGAGAACCAAUUGAAGCGCAUUGGGGUUUACUUCAGUGAAGGACAAGAAGGAAGAUAUGUCCCAAGAGCCAUUCUCACAGAUCUUGAGCCAGGAACAAUGGACUCUAUCCGAGGAGGAAAGUAUGGAUCUCUUUUCCGUCCCGAUAACUUCGUCUUCGGACAAUCUGGAGCCGGAAAUAACUGGGCCAAGGGUCACUAUACCGAGGGAGCUGAGCUUGUUGACUCUAUCAUGGAGUGCAUCCGCAAGGAAGCUGAAAGCUGUGAUGUUCUUCAAGGUUUCCAAGUGACUCACUCUAUGGGAGGAGGAACCGGUUCUGGUAUGGGUACUCUUCUUGUUUCCAAGAUGAAGGAGGAAUUCCCUGACCGUAUCAUCAGUACUUACUCCGUUGUCCCAUCCCCCAAGGUUUCUGACACUGUUGUCGAACCUUACAACGCAACCCUUUCCAUCCAUCAACUUGUUGAGAACGCUGACCAAUGUUUCGCUCUUGAUAACGAGGCACUUUACGAUAUCUGCUUCCGCACAUUGAAGCUUGCCAACCCCAGCUACAGCGACCUCAACAAGUUGAUCGCUGAUGCCAUUACCGGAACCACGUGCUCCCUUCGCUUCCCUGGUCAACUGAACUGUGAUCUCCGAAAACUUGCCGUGAACAUGAUUCCAUUCCCUCGUCUUCAUUUCUUCUUGGUCGGAUUCGCUCCACUUACCGCAUACAGCUCGCAAGGAUUCCGUGUUCUUACUGUUCCUGAGCUCACCAUGCAAGCAUUCGAUGCCAAGAACAUGAUGUGCGCCGCCGACCCACGUCACGGACGCUACUUGACUUGCGCUAUGAUGUUCCGUGGUGCCAUGUCAAGUAAGGAAGUCGAUGACCAAAUGAUGCAAAUGGUCAGCAAGAACUCUUCAUACUUUGUUGAGUGGAUCCCAAAUAACCUCAAGGCCUCCAUCUGUGACGUUCCACCAAAGGGACUUGAGAUGUCUAGUGUGUUUAUUGGUAACUCCACCGCCAUUCAAGAGGCAUGGAAGCGUGUUGCUGAGCAAUUCACAGUCAUGUUCCGCCGAAAGGCUUUCCUUCACUGGUACACCGGAGAGGGUAUGGAUGAGAUGGAAUUCACUGAAGCCGAAUCCAACUUGAACGAUCUUGUGUCUGAAUACCAACAGUACCAAGAUGCCACCGCUGACGAGGAAGAUAUCAGUGGAGACUUCGACGAGUAA